GCUUACUGGGGGCCCGGCUUUCGCCCGCUGCUGCCGCCGCCGCCGCCGGCCGCGGCUGCUCUCCCAAGAUGGCGGCUCCUCCGGGCGAGUACUUCAGCGUUGGGAGCCAGGUGUCGUGCCGGACGUGCCAGGAGCAGCGGCUGCAGGGCGAGGUUGUAGCCUUCGACUACCAGUCCAAAAUGCUGGCUUUAAAAUGUCCCUCUUCCAGUGGAAAGCCCAACCAUGCAGAUAUCUUGCUCAUAAACUUACAGUAUGUUUCAGAAGUGGAAAUAAUUAAUGACCGAACAGAAACCCCUCCUCCUCUAGCUUCACUCAAUGUUAGUAAGCUUGCCAGCAAAGCGCGGACAGAGAAGGAGGAGAAGCUGAGCCAGGCCUAUGCAAUCAGCGCUGGUGUCUCCCUAGAGGGCCAGCAGCUCUUCCAGACCAUUCACAAGACCAUUAAAGACUGUAAAUGGCAAGAAAAAAACAUUGUAGUCAUGGAAGAAGUUGUAAUUACACCUCCAUAUCAAGUGGAAAACUGUAAAGGCAAAGAGGGGAGUGCACUGAGCCAUGUACGCAAAAUAGUUGAAAAACAUUUUAGAGAUGUGGAAAGCCAAAAGAUACUGCAGCGUUCACAAGCCCAACAACCACAGAAGGAGGCUGCUUUGUCAUCCUGAGUCCACACACAUGGAGGACUCUUCCAGCAUCCAGCCAAGAAGGCGGUGGUGGUGGCUUCAACGGAGGCAGGCCGGGGGAGGGAAGGGAUCCUAUAUUUCUUGUUGGCUCUUGUGAACAAAGGGUCAGCAUUUCCAAAUCUUAGACUUGAACAAACAAAACACCCAACAACAAAAAAAAAAGAACAAGAGAAUAAUUUAAAAGUUAAACCAUUACUUGACUAACAGACUUCGGUCCACCAUGUCCUUUUCACAGCCCCCUAUGGAACAGUCAUCUUGUUAAUUUUAUUUUUGAAAAGUCCUUUCCCACUUUGCCCCUUCAUCUCUGACUUUCCUAAUCUGUUCCUGCAAUUCUGUUUUUUAUAAGUGGUUACACUUGCCUUCUGAAUGACUGAAAGAAACUUUUACAUCUCUUCUUCCAAAAUAAAAGUAACAAGCUGACUGUGAUUCUUAAGUUGAGAUCAGAGCAGCUGGGGUCUCACUUUAAAUUUUUCCUUUUUUUUUUUUAACUUUUUUUCUUUUCUUUUUUUUUUUUUUUUUUUUGCACAGGGCAUGGCUUGAAUUAGUUUUAUUUUUCUUAACUUUAAAUAUAUAUAUGAAAAUAUAUAUUAAAAUGUUCUCUAAAUAUUUUCUGCUUCUUGCAGGUCUCUUUUUACUAGAUCAUGGCCACUCUUUCCACUUCAUACCUCUGAGAAAAGAACUGUGUUGCCCUUUCUACCACUCAUACCAAGACAGCCAACUCGGUUUCGUUCACAGCAGGAUCUCCUGCAGCACUUGUAGAGCCAGUGUGUGCAGGUGGGAUUUGCUUUGAGGGUCCUGAUGGCCUUUUAGUCUUUAACUGUAUGUACCAGUCUUGCAUUUGGCCCCAGCCUCAGGAUUCUCCUUUUGUCUCACUUGAUGGUACUAGAAGAACCUCUUACCACUCUCCACGCAGGAAACAGCUGCCUUUUCCCCCGUGCCUCUGCAGGAAGAACUUUCUUGCAUGGCACAUCUCAGCUCAUCCUUCUCUGGGGCUGAUUUUUUCUUCUAAGAAACCUGGAAUCCAUCUACUCUCUUAAGUCCUAUAUUCAGAGCUUCUAUAGAAGUUUCUCUUCUGCCAUCCUCUGGCUCCUUCUUCCACCCCCUGAAAUCUUACAAGCUAAUGAUGGUUUGUAUACGCUCAGCCAAUGGGCAGAAAACCUGAAAAGAAUUUCUGGACUUUAGCCCACCAGUUUGUCUGGUUUGACUAACCUGCUGAGAGCUGAGACUGGCACUCACUGCCUUUGUGCCUUCAGGGCAGUCUCAUGGGCAGAGUGUGCCUCCAGCUGACUAUCAGGCACUGAGUGGGACAUGGGUGAUGCUCAUGUGACUGGCUAGAGCUUUGGGGGUGGAGUAUGGGCUCUUUUUUUUUUUUUUUUUUGGCCAUGAUCUCUUUCCCCUUCCUUUUUUUUUAAUUAAAUAAAUGGAUCAAAAUUAAAUAAUUCAAGCCCUGCCUUCAAAAUGAAAAAAAAUUUUUUUUUUAGUAUUGUUUAGCAAAAACAAUAAAACCCAAAUUUUUUUAACCAUCAUUCAUGUCUCGGGUUUGUGCGUGCUUUAGAACGCUUUGAGGAGGGAAUCCAAGGUAACCAAAGAGGGCAUGUGUGCUUGUUUGACCUAUGCCUUUGAGUUUCCUGCUUCCUCUUUUUAUUCCUUUUCUCAUCCUCUGAGAACUCAUUCAGAAAUGUGCAAAUUAGGUGAUUUAAGAAAGUGCCUCAGAGUACCAAGUUUUGUGGAAAUGGAUGUGGGAGCAAAAGAUAUGAACCUCCUGCUCCAUCACAAAGGAUAGAAGGCGAGAAGUAAAUCUUUAAAUCCACCUGUUAUUGAUCUGAA